CUAGCCUACUAGCCCACCGAUCCACAGCCGACAGUUCAGUUCUAUAGGACGUAGCUGUACACCUCACAAUAUCUAACAGGAUGCCGUCAGUUACACUUUUCCUAAAGCCCUUCCUUGUGCUGGGUCUCGUUUUCGGCUACAGUGCUGGUGGCAUGAAAGGAGCAGGCGGUAAAGGGGGUGCAAAUGGUGGAGGAAAAGGUGCAGGCUCAGGCAAGUCUGGUAUGGAGGGAAAAGCAGGAGAAGCUAUGAUGGGAUCCGCCAUGAUGAUGUCUUCUGGCGGUAUGGGAGGAGACAUGAUGGGCGGACAAGGUGUAAUGGGUGGUAUGGGCGGAAUGAUGGGCGGGGAAGGAGGCAUGAGCGGUAUGCCUGGUAUGGGAAUGGGCGGUAUGGGUGGUAUGAUGGGCGGAAAAGGAGGCAUGGGUGAAGGCAUGGGUGGAGGAAUGGGCGGAAUGAUGGGCGGAGAAGGAGGCAUGAACGGUAUGCCUGGUAUGGGAAUGGGUGGUAUGAUGGGAGGAAAAGGGAGCAUGGGUGGUAAGAUGGGAGGAAAAGGAGCUAUGGGCGGCAUGAUGGGUGGUGCAGGUGGUAUGGGCGGUAUGAUGGGCGGUAUGCCUAGUAUGGGAAUGGGCGGCAUGAUGGGUGGUGCAGGGGGUAUGGGCGGUAUGAUGAGCGGUAUGCCUAGUAUGGGAAUGGGCGGUAUGAUGGGCGGUAUGGGUGGUAUGAUGGGCGGAAAAGGAGGCAUGGGCGGUAUGAGUGGCAUGGGAGGUAUGAUGGACGGAGGUAUGGGUAGUAUGAUGGGCGGUAAGGGAAUGGGAGGAAUGGGUGGUAUGGGUUCAGAAAUGGGAGGCAUGGGCUCCGGAAUGGGAGGCAUGGGUUCAGGAAUGGGAGGCAUGGGAGGUAUGAUGGGUGGUGAAGGAAUGGGAGGUAUGGGUGGUAUGAUGGGUGGUAAAGGAAUGGGAGGUAUGGGCUCAGGAAUGGAAGGCAUGGGCUCAGGAAUGGGAGGCAUGGGAGGUAUGGGCUCAGGAAUGGGAGGUAAGGGUGGUAUGAUGGGCGGUAAAGGAAUGGGAGGUAUGGGUUCAGGAAUGGGAGGUAUGGGUUCAGGAAUGGAAAGUAUGGGUGGUAUGAUGGGUGGUAAAGGAAUGGGAGGUAUGGGUUCAGGAAUGGGGGGUAUGGGUUCAGGAAUGGGAGGCAUGGGAGGUAUGAUGGGUGGUGAAGGAAUGGGAGGUAUGGGUGGUAUGAUGGGGGGUAAAGGAAUGGGAGGUAUGGGCUCAGUAAUGGGAGGUAAGGGUGGUAUGAUGGGUGGUAAAGGAAUGGGAGGUAUGGGCUCAGGAAUGGGAGGCAUGGGUUCAGGAAUGGGAGGUAUGGGAGGUAUGGGCUCAGGAAUGGGAGGUAUGGGCUCAGGAAUGGGAGGUAUGGGAGGUAUGGGCUCAGGAAUGGGAGGUAUGGGCUCAGGAAUGGGAAGUAUGGGCGGAAAAGGAAGCGGAAGCAAGGGGAUGGGUGGUGGAAAGACCUACUAAACUAUAUACGAGAACUUUCGACGACGACGUCUAGAGGAGUGCGUACGACUCACUCCGUCUACACUACUAGCGGGCUUUCCUCUCAACGCCAAAGCUUACGGCGAGGAUACAUAUUGUGUACACUGUGCAUGAAGCUGCAGUAGAAACAUUGUAUAUAAAUUGUAUCGAUAAAUACCUUGAACUUUAAUCUUGUUGGGAACGUUUGCAUUUCUUAAUAUGUACAAUUGUAUGUUGAUUAAUAUUGUAUAUUUUAUCCUGAAAUAAAUCAUU